AUGAAGUUCCUCGCUGUCCUCACCAUCCUCUCGACCCUGUCGGCCACCGCCUUCGCCCAGGCCACGGGCCCCGUCGACCCCGCCAAGGUUGACCCCUGCAUCGCCAACUGCUCUCUCAAGGCUGGCCAGACCGUCGGCUGCGACCCCACCAACCAGCAGUGCAUCUGCGUUGACAAGAAGGCAGCGUUCCAGGCGGCCGCCAUCCCCUGUCUUAUGGACAACAAGUGUGACCUUGGUCUCGCCCAGUCCACUUCGGACCAAGUCUGCAAGUACGGUUUCAUCGGCGCCGCGAGCAGCUCUGCUCCUCCUGCCACGACCGCCCCUGAGCCGACGACUGGUGCUCCCCCCGCGUCCACCACCGGUGCUCCCCCCGCGUCCACCACCGGCGCUCCCCCCGCCUCCACCACCGGUGCUCCCCCCGUCACCGGCGGCCCCGCACCCACAUGCAAGCCCAAGGCCCGCCGUCGCGCUCACGUCCGCGCCCAGCUGUAA